AUGGAUAAUAUUUUGGUUAAGAAUCAAAAACCACUUCCAAGAUUAUUAUAUUCCAACUACACUGCCAUACAAAACUUAAAGGGGAUAUUUUCGGAAAAUUGUCUAACUGUGGCUUGGAUGAACUGGAAGAAUCUUAAUAGUACUUUGCUGGCGGUAGAUAAAUUACUGAAAGCUUUAUAUUUUACCGACUUGCUAAUCGUUUAUGAAACAAUGGAUCCCCAACAACUGAAUUCACAAUUGAUGAGUAUUUAUGAAAAAUGCUGGCAAUUAGGUAUAUCCUCUGUCAUGGUGUGGACUAAUCAUGGACUCUACAUCUAUCAUCCGUAUCCGAGUAUAACUGUGAAGAGAUUAGAAAAUAUUUACGAAUUCACCAAUAGAAGUUAUUUGGAAAACUUCCACGGAUAUAACAUUAAAAUACCCACAGUCGAUUUUCCACCACGUUGCUUCAACUACACAAAUCGCCAAGGACAACUGAUAUACGCCGGUUAUAUUUACAAACUUAUAUCGGUUUUCUUUGCUCAUCACAAUGGUACAACUGAAUACUUUUUUGCGGAUAUGUGGUCGAAAAAUUUCUCCAUGGAGUGGGGUUUGACGAAAUGUAAACCGGUGGGAUGUGCCUUCUUGCCCAUAAUGUUGGAUGCUCACAAUUUAUUUGUGGCUAGUUGGGCGCCAUUUUUAGCGAAAAUAGUGUUACUAGUUCCAGCUGCUAAAGAAAUAUCGGAAAGUUUAUAUUUGCUGAUACCGUUUGAUGGCAUUGUCUGGGCUAUUGUUUUAAUCACAGGAUUCAUCUAUUUUCUACUUAUGUUUGGUGUAGCGAGACGUUGGAAAUCAAACAUCGAUAUUGGUAUGAUCCUGAUGGAGGCCUUUAAAACUAUAAUUUUUGUGGCAUUGGCAACCCCCAAAAGACGGAACAUACAACAUUUCAUGCUGUGUUUACUUUUCCUCUUUACCGGUCUCUUUAUUACCAAUUUCUAUACAUCAAGUCUCUGGAGUUUGUAUACAUCCAAAGUUUAUGAAAGCGAAAUGAAACUUCUCACCGACAUUGGAAACACCAAUCUGAAAUUAUUCAUCUACAGCUUAGAUAAAGGCUAUUUCGAUGUCAUAGCAAAUAAUUUACCACCGAUAAUUAGACAACGUUUAUACACCGGAGACGAUGACCAAUUUACGUCGUACCGCCAAAACCUGAAUAUGUCCUACAUAUAUCCGGCCAUAGAGGACUUGGCCGAUUACUUACUUCUGCAGCAAAUGUAUUUGCGUAGACCAAAGGCCAUAAAACUGGCAGAGCCAACUUAUCACAGAUCUUUUUUCAUUUCGAUGCAACUGAGAACACCGUUCCUACAACAAUUCAAUCGCUACUUUUCGCGUUUAUUCGAAAGUGGAAUCUUUAAUAAAUUCAUGUUAGACGCCCAGUGGGAUGGUUUGACAAGUGGUAAAUAUAAACUACUAAAGGAUGACCGAAGUACUAAUGAAGCCCUCACAAUGUCAUAUUUUCAAUUUGCUUUCAUAAUGCUGGGAUGUGGUUUGGGAAUGGCUGUUAUUGUAUUCGUUGUUGAAUUUUUGUGGGGAAUUAAAAUUAUGCUUAAUAUGUCCAGAGGACGUAAACGAAAUAAUGUUUUACCAUAG